GGCGACAAGAAGAAGGGACAAGAGAACAAUGGCAGAAAGAGGUAGUUUGGGAUGGUUUCACCUAGGUCUGAUAGCGUCUGUAUUGGUCUGUGCGCAAAUCGAAAAGGCAACAUCAAACGAUGUCAAUGAGCCAACUGAUGAAAACAAGAUAUAUAUCAAGCAGGAUAAAAGAUACAAAUGUGUAUUAACAACGUGUAUGGAAAUACCGAUUGGUGGUGAGGAAUCUGGGAUCAUAGGAAAUCCAGAAGAGAAUAACAAUGACACGUCCCUCUACGAAGGGGAUAUUGUUUCUCCACCCGUUUUGAAAGGCGUUGCUGAAUCAAGGUACCGUAAUGCUUUGAACAUGAAGUCACCUGACAUGAGUGCUUGGUAUGAACUAUGGUAUUUUAAAGCUAAUAGAGAACCAAGAGGAAAGGUGUUCUACGAGUUUGAUUCUUCUCUAUCUUCCAGACAAAAGAACGACAUCCUGUCUGCAAUGGAGGAGAUACAAAUUAAAUCAGGGGGAGCGACAUCUAAGUGUAUUCAAUUCAUCCCGAACAAUGGCAAUUUAAGGGAUCAUUUAUUGAUAAAAAGUACAUCAUCAUCGUGUCAGAGCAGUGGAAUAGGUAAAGACAAGGAGGAGAGACAACCUUACAUCAACCUUGGCCCUGGGUGCUUUGUAAUUGGUACUAUCAUGCACGAAUUGCUUCACGCAGUUGGGUUUUUUCACGAACAUGUCAGGAAUGAUCGAGAUGAUUACAUUGAAAUUAUCACCUCUAAUAUCAAAAGUGGUUACAUUUCUCAGUUCGCGCAGCCAGAGUUUUCAAACGAUCUCAUUAGUUACACGCCUUAUGAUUACGACAGUGUUAUGCACUAUGGCAAAUAUACAUUCUCCAAGGACGCUGGUCGAGGAUUGCAGACAAUACGUAUAAAGUCUGGAAGAUCUACUAAUCUCGAAAUUGGCCAGCGAGAUCACCUCUCUAAAAGUGACAUUAAAGACUUACAGGUUAUGUAUUCUUGUCCUGAUAUCGGAGUUGCCGCUGGCGAGGAGGCCGCUACUCCCCCAAACUAUGUUUGUACUUUUGAAGCUGAUGAUUUAAAAUGUGGAUUUGUAAAUGGACACUCGUCUAUCUGGAAGAGUACACCAGUGUCGAGAAUAGGUGCAAAAUAUUAUGAUGCCACAUUCAGCUUCCCAAGUCAAAAUAUAGGAAAUGUGCUAUACAUGGCACCUGGGAGAGCCACCACCGACGCCUUGUUUACCGCUAAUGUACCACCUGCCGAAUAUUGCCUUCAAAUCAACUAUUUUUGCCACGGAACAAACAGCAAGGCACAAGUCUACUCUGGUAUGAAGGGUACAAAGAAGCUGCUUUACACAUUACCAACAUGUAAAGAUUUCACGUGGUAUUACACCUGGAUGGGAAUUGACAUGUCAACUUCGGGAACGAUUGAGAUACAUGGUUUACGUGCAAACAUUGGACAUUUUCUACUAGACGACAUUAAGCUUAUGGAAAAACCAACCGACUGGAAAGACUGUAACCAAUAAGAGUGCUUACAACAAUUACAAGCACUGUUGUUAACCUAGUAACCAUAUAUAAUGGAAUUGACCAUGUUUAUCAUUACAUAUUUCGUACGCGUUUAUUAAAUGUUUAGCAGAAUUUUUACAGAGAAGAACUACUCUAAAUUAUUUGAUAUUUUGA